AUGCAGUUUCGCCUCUUCUCCUUUGCUUUGAUCGUCCUCAACUGUAUGGAUUACAGCCACUGUCAAGGCGGCCGGUUGAGACGCGGCAAGAGAGCAAACUAUGGGCCGAAUCCAAUUUGCAAAGGUUGUUUGUUUUGCUCAAAAGAUAAUGGAUGCAUCAGAUGUCAACAUAAGUUGUUCUUCUUUCUACGAAGAGAAGAAAUGAGACAAUAUGGGGAAUGCUUGAAUUCCUGCCCAUUGGGGUACUAUGGUCUUCGUGCCCCAGACAUGAACAGAUGUUCAAGAUGCAGAAUAGAGAACUGUGAUUCAUGUUUUAGUCGAGAUUUUUGCACCAAAUGCAAACCUGGCUUUUAUCUCUACCGAGGCCGUUGCUUUGAAGAAUGCCCCGAUGGUUUUGUCCAUUUAGAUGAAGCCAUGGAAUGUGUGGAAGGUUGUCAAGUGGGCCCCUGGAGCGAGUGGGCUGUUUGCAGCACAAAUAACAAGACCUGCGGAUUUAAGUGGGGUUUGGAAACGAGAACGAGGCAAAUUGUAAAAAAGCCCGCAAAAGACACAAUACCAUGUCCCACCAUUGCAGAGUCCAGAAGAUGCAAAAUGGCCUUGAGACACUGCCCAGGAGGUAAGGACACUAAAUGA